AGAAACACCCAAAAUGGUACAAAUACAAGAACUCAAAAGUGAGGAUGAAUUCACCGACGAAGAAUUUGAUAGCGAAAUUGAAGAGGAAUUAGACGUUGAAGAUGAAUUUGAUCCUAGCGAUGAAAGCCUCGCUGAUAGAAUAUCCGCAUUGAAGGAUAUCAUUCCAUUAGAGACUAGAAAUUCAAUCAAAGAGAAGUUCACUAACAGUGUAGCAUUCACAAGAAAGUCUUCAAAAGUAUUAGGAAAUCUCAUUUGGAUCGUCACCACAUCUAGCUUGCUCGUUGGAUUGCCAUUAGCAUUGGCUAUUGAAGACGAGUCAAGAAUUUCAAUGGAGGAGAAAUCCUUAUUAGCCCAACAAUCUGGACAACAAGAGAUGUUAGGAGAAGAAUCCAAACAACAGGGUAUCGUCGCACCCGGCUUUUAAUCUUUCUUUGUUACCUCCAUGUUUAAAUUAAAUAAGUUUAAAAAUACGUU